AUGGGGCGGAACGCAAAGCUGCACAAACGCAUCAAAAAGAAGACAACUACAUCAUCUACGUCACACCCUUCAUCCAGAUCUCUCAGCGCUGCUAAUACACCGAAUGCACCUGUAGUAUCAUCGCACGUACAAGCCGCAAACAGACGCGCAGAUCUCAAGUCAAAGUCAAAGUCAAAGUCAAAACCGUCAUCAAGCAAGGUCACGGGAGAACGUGUUCUCGGAGGUGCGGACUAUGUGACAUUACUUAUGGGCGGACGCAAGAAAGCUGCAGAGGAAGCUUUAAAGUUACCAAAAGACUGA